UGUCCGGGGGAGGGGGCGGGGCCGGAGCCCCUCGGAGCGGGGAGCCAUAGAGCAGGACGGAGGACCCGGGUCCUAGAUAAAUCCGGAAGUGGCGACCUGAGGCGCCUCUCGGGUCUGAGUCGCCGCUGCCGCCGCUGCCACCAUCCGCGAGGCAGGCGAGAGGAGGAAGAGUGCGGCGCGGCGGCCCCGGGGCCGAGGAGGGACCCAGACAUGGAGCUGCGGGAAGAAGCUUGGUCUCCGGGGCCGCUGGAUUCUGAGGACCAGCAGAUGGCCAGUCAUGAGAACCCAGUGGGCAUCCUCAUCAUGGAUGAUGACGACGUCCCCAGCUGGCCCCCGACUAAGCUGUCCCCACCCCAGUCUGCACCUCCUCCUGGGCCUCCACCCCGGCCGCGGCCGCCUGCACCCUACAUCUGCAACGAAUGUGGCAAGAGCUUCAGCCACUGGUCGAAGCUGACGCGGCACCAGCGCACGCACACAGGCGAGCGGCCGAAUGCCUGUAGCGACUGCGGCAAGACCUUCUCGCAGAGCUCACACCUGGUGCAGCACCGGCGCAUCCACACGGGCGAGAAGCCGUAUGCCUGUUCUGAGUGCGGCAAGCGCUUUAGCUGGAGCUCCAACCUCAUGCAGCACCAGCGCAUCCACACGGGCGAGAAGCCUUACACCUGCCCCGACUGCGGCCGCAGCUUCACACAGAGCAAGAGCCUGGCCAAGCAUCGGCGCUCCCACAGUGGUCUCAAGCCCUUCGUGUGCCCUCGCUGCGGCCGCGGCUUCAGCCAGCCUAAGAGCCUGGCGCGCCACCUGCGGCUGCACCCAGAGCUGUCCGGGCCGGGUGUUGCAGCCAAGGUGCUGGCGGCUAGCGUGCGGCGCGCCAAGGCACCCGAGGAGGCUGCGGCGGCGGACGGCGAGAUUGCCAUCCCAGUGGGCGACGGCGAGGGCAUCAUAGUGGUGGGCGCGCCAGGGGAUGGCGCUGCAGCGGCCGCAGCCCUGGCUGGGGUGGGGACGCGGGCAGCGGGGCCGCGGUCACGGCGGGCGCCAGCGCCCAAGCCGUAUGUGUGCAUGGAGUGUGGGAAGGGCUUUGGGCAUGGGGCUGGGCUGCUGGCCCACCAGCGCGCGCAGCACGGGGAUGGGCUGGGAACAACUGGUGGCGAGGAGCCCGCACACAUCUGCGUGGAGUGUGGUGAGGGCUUCGUGCAGGGCGCCGCGCUACGGAGACACAAGAAGAUCCACGCAGUUGGGGCACCUUCGGUCUGCAGCAGCUGCGGACAGAGUUUCUAUCGGGCAGGUGGGGAGGACGAUGGCGAGGACCAGUCGACUGGUGGGCGGUGUGCCGAGUGUCGGGGUGGGGAGGCCCGGUAGGGACGGAGGUGCCCGGGGGGUGGGCAGGGCCCCUCGGGCUCAGUGGGAAUUACCAGCGAGCAAGACCGCGAGGCCCAGGGAAGAGCCAGACUGAAAGGAGCAGCGGUGGCUCCCUCUUUCCUUGCUCCGUGCUGUCCCAGGUGUGAGGGGACCCACAACCAUCUGGGCAGGUUCUCAGGACUGCCCACAUCCACUCUGCUGACCCGCCCUACCGCCUGGCGGACUGGCCCUCAAUAGGUUCCCAGCCUGGGAACCAGAGACGUGUGUGAGAACUGUGUAGAUCAACACGAGACCCUUAAGAGAGAGGCCAUCCUCCACUACAGGUGUGGGGUCGCAA